AUGACGAAUGAUGGUUUCCGUCGUCUUCCUCCACCACCAUUAUUUACAAUACGUCCACCACCUAAGCCGCCAGGAUCUUUGUUUGAAAAUUUUCAAACAAUUGAAAUUUUAAAUGGUCAAUGUGUACGACCAUCAUUAAAUAUUCUUAAUAUUUCAUCUUCUUCUUCAACAAUUCUUCAUAAACAUGAAGAAACAAAUAAUUGGUUAAAUAUUUUUCUUCUUAUUGUGGCUGUAUUUAGUGUUAUUUUGUGUAUUAUUAUUGCUAUAUUUAUUUUUAUUUGUCUUAAAAAAUUAAGAAAAGAAGAAAAGCAAUAUAAAAAUUGUAUUAUGUCUGGUUCAUUGACAUCGAGAAGUCAUCAUCGACAUCAUCAUAUUGAUGGGUGUACUAGAACAAGUGAACAUUACAAGUGUACACCUAACACAUCUAAUUGUUGUGAUGACUAUUAUUCUCAUCAAUUAAUACCAAUGAAAGGCACUUCUUCUCAUUGUAUGCUAAAAUCAAGUGAAGCUCUUCGAUGUUCAACAUUAGGAAAUAUUAUCAAUGAUGAAGAUACUCCACAAAAUCAUCAAUAUGAAUAUAUACCUGAAUACAUGUUAACAAUGAGUCGUCAUCGUCAUCCUUCAAUAGUUUGUCAUCAUUCACAUCAAUUAUAUCAUCAAACAAAUAAUACCUGUAAUUUACCCUAUACUAGUUUUUCUCGAUCAUAUCUUAUGCCUCAAGGAGUAACAACAACAACAAGUACAAGUGAAAGUAGUCAAUGCACAUGUUCAUCUCCACCUUCAACAAAAGUUGUUCAAGAAGAAUCAUCAACACCUUUACUUGCUCCAACAAUAUUCAAAGAAUCUCAUAAAGGAGAGACUUCAUCACCAAAAUCAAUGAUGAUUGGAUGGACAAGAAGAAAUUCAUCUUCAUCAACCAAACGAAAAAUAACUCAACAACAAUACAGUUUUCUAACUCAAUUACGUAAAUCGUCGUUACUAUAA